GCUUGCUCGAUUUGCCAUAGUAUUGCUGAAUAGUUUUGCGAGGUACAGAGUCUUGGGGGAAGUUGGGGCAGCAGAGAUAGAGCAAAUUUUUUUUUAAUGUCUUCUUGUAGCAGAACGGUCCACGAAUUGGAUGCAGAGAAUGAAGAGAAUUUUAACAUCUCAGAGGAUAGCGAGAAUUGUGAUGCAAGGAUAUGAGAGACGCCGGUGGAUACAGGGAUGGAGGCAGAGGCAGAGGAGUUGGAGGGAGAAUCAUCGGAUGAACGACACGGUGAGCAAAAUGGCAUGGCUGAACAUGUAAUGCUAAGUCGUGCACAGAUAUUAGAGAUGGAGUUCGCUAACCCGGAUGAGGCGUGUCAUUUCUAUGAGCAAUACAGUCGAGCAAAGGGUUUUUCCAUGCGACAAGGGAAGAAAAUGAAGAAUAGGAAGGGUGAAAUUGUUCGCUACACGUACCUGUGCAAUAGAGAAGGAUUUAGACAUAGAAAAUGGCUUCAGAUGCAGAAGAGGGAGCACAAGGUUGUAACCCACUGCGGGUGUCAGGCUGAUAUGAGGAUAAAGCGGAAAGCCGAUAGCACCAGUUGGUAUGUGUGUCGUUUUGUGGAUGAGCAUAACCACGACCUUCUUCCAGCAAAGUUUGUGUCAUACCUGCCAGCUUACAGGAAAAUAUCAGAUGUUGAUGUAGCCCACAUCGAAAGUUUGAGGCAAGUUGGGAUUUUAAUUCCAAAAAUUAUGAGUCUAUUGCUGCUCAGGCGGGGGGGUUUAACCUAGUUCCAUUCACGAAGAGAGAUAUGUAUAAUGUGGUUAGGCGGCAACGUGCAAUGCACUGCGGCGAUGUGAAUGCCGCAUUACGGUAUUUUAAUUCUUGUGCAAGGGCAUAUGAGAACAUGUAUUGGCGAUACCAGGUUGGAGAU